AUGGGGGCUCAGGGCAGUAAGUUUAAUUUCCGGCAAGCUGUUAUUGAUCUCACAUCAAGACCUGGAAAACAGAAUGACGAGGCUUUCUGGGAACAGUUAUGGUCUCCGGAAAACGUUCAUAGUGUUAAUGAUGUAUUUGCUAUGAUUCCAGCGGAUGAUAUUAGAAAGCUGAGAGAGGACUCACCAAAGAAUCUAGCCACUUUAUGUUAUAAAACGCUGGAAAAAUUGCAAUACGCUAGAGAUCAUCCGAACGAAUUGUCGGAAAGGAAGGUUAUCAAUUGCAUACGAUUGCUAACUCGUCUUAUGCCCUACAUGUUUGAAGAUGCAGAGUGGAGAGGAUAUUAUUGGGCCUCCAUACCUACUCCGGAAGGGCAAGCGCCAAUGGCAAAAGUGCUUUUGGAUAUUCUUGGUGAUCUCCUCUUCUGCCCAGGCUUCACUGUUGGAGGCGUCAAGGAUAAAGUGACCGAUCUAUCUUCUCUUGAAACAUGUGAAUUGAUAUGGGAAGCCGGAGUUGGUUUCGCUAAUAAACCAGUCUCAAGCGCCCAGUUUGACCAGAAUCGAACAGAAGUACUGAAGUUACUGUUAACAUGCUUCUCAGAAGUAAUUUAUGCUCCUGUCACAGACGAUACCCGUCUUCGUUGGGUCGCCCGUUUCACAUCUGUCGAGAACCGCCAUGUAUUACCAUUGUUCACCUCACUCCUCAACGUCGUUUGCGCCUAUAACCCUGUUGGAUUGGGGUUGCCAUACAACUACUUGCUUUUCAACGACUAUCGGGAACCUCUGGUUGAGGUAUCAUUGCAGGUGCUAAUUGCUUGCUUGGACAAAGACACUCAGCCACAAGCUGAUGAAACAGGUUACUCUGACAACUAUUUUAUAAAUUAUCUGGGAAGAAUUCACCGUGAAGAGGAUUUUGACUUCAUGCUGAAGGGAAUGACAAGAUUACUGAGUAAUCCACUGCAAUCCACUUAUCUUCCAAAUUCUGCUAAGAAGAUUAAUUUUCAUCAAGAACUACUAGUUUUAUUGUGGAAAUGCUGUGAAUAUAACCAGAAGUUUAUGUUCUAUGUGCUGAAAACUUCGGAUGUUCUCGAAAUUCUCGUACCGAUUCUGUUCCAUAUUACUGAGUCAAGAAAUGACCCUACACGCGUCGGUCUAAUUCAUAUGGGCGUAUUUUUGGUGUUACUACUGAGCGGGGAGAGGAAUUUUGGUGUACGCCUCAAUAAGCCCUACAUAGCCAAAGCUGCAAUCGAUAUCCAGGCAUUUACUGGCACUCAUGCAGAUCUACUGAUAAUUGUUUUCCACAAGUUGAUCACCACUGGAAAUCACCGUCUGCAAUCACUGUUCGACUGUUUGCUUACUAUAAUUGUAAAUGUGUCUCCGUACCUGAAAUCACUUUCUAUGGUGGCAGCCAAUAAGCUGCUUCAUCUGGUUGAAGCAUUUUCUACACCUUGGUUCCUGUUCUCCUCGCCCACGAACCAUCACCUGGUGUUCUUCCUUUUGGAGGUGUUCAACAACAUAGUCCAGUAUCAGUUCGAUGGGAACUCGAAUCUUAUUUAUACGAUCAUCCGUAAACGACAGGUUUUCUACCAAUUGGCUAAUCUUCCAACGGAUGCCACUUCGAUUUCCAAAUCUCUUUCCGGCAGGAAAGGAAAAGCUAGAGAUGAAAUAGUGGACCAGUUGAAGAGUCCUACUGCCACAACCCCUCCUGAGAUCCCCUCAGGAUCGACAGCUGGUCUCGCCGCCACUCCCCAAGUGACAAGUGCGCCAGGAUCUUCUGGAGAAACCGAUAGUAAAGCAACAUCUAGUGAAGAUUGGGUACCAACCUCGGAAUGGGCUGAUCAAUGGAAAUCCAAGUUGCCAUUGCAAACAAUUAUGCGAUUGUUACAAGUCUUGGUACCACAAGUCGAGAAGAUUUGCAUAGACAAAGGCCUGACUGAUGAAAGUGAAAUUCUCAAAUUUCUACAGCAUGGGACAUUAGUGGGACUUUUGCCAGUACCGCAUCCCAUUUUAAUUCGGAAAUAUCAAGCAAAUGCAGGGACCAAUCACUGGUUCCGUACGUACAUGUGGGGUGUGAUUUAUUUACGUAACACUGACCCGCCAAUAUGGUACGACACUGAAGUGAAGUUGUUCGAGAUUCAGUGA